AACCGCCCUGUGGCGGAAACUCGUUUGAAUACAGCCUUGCUGAUAAAAACCGAGCCGUCACGCUCUUAUAACUCCCUCUCUGCCUCUGUCCGUCGGCCAGGCUGCAGCCCCAGUCAAACUCCCCGGAACGAAGCACCAGAAAACAGCCAUGUCUGAGAAACUUCCCUUCAAAGUUGCCGACAUCAGCCUGGCUGAAUGGGGACGUAAGGCGAUCGACAUCGCCGAGAACGAGAUGCCCGGCUUGAUGAAGAUGAGGGAGCUGUACGGCCAGUCCAAACCGUUGAAGGGAGCCCGCAUUGCCGGCUGCCUGCACAUGACCCUGCAGACCGCCGUGCUCAUCGAGACCCUCACGGCCCUCGGAGCUGAGGUCCAGUGGUCCAGCUGUAACAUUUUCUCUACUCAGGAUCACGCUGCUGCAGCCAUUGCCAAAUCGGGCGUUCCAGUUUACGCGUGGAAGGGCGAGACGGAUGAGGAGUACAUCUGGUGCAUCGAACAGACUCUGUACUUUAAAGAUGACAAGCCCCUCAACAUGAUCCUGGACGAUGGAGGAGAUCUCACCAAUCUGGUCCACCAGAAGUACCCCAAACUACUAGCAGGUAUCCGUGGAGUGUCUGAGGAAACGACUACAGGCGUCCACAACCUGUACAAGAUGUUGAAAAAGGGCGAGCUGAAGAUUCCCGCCAUCAACGUCAACGACUCUGUCACCAAGAGUAAGUUCGACAACCUUUACGGCUGCAGAGAGAGUCUGAUCGACGGCAUCAAGCGAGCUACUGACGUGAUGAUCGCAGGAAAGGUCGCCGUGGUGGCGGGUUAUGGUGACGUGGGCAAGGGCUGUGUUCAAGCCCUGCGAGCAUUCGGUGCCCGCGUCAUUAUCACGGAGAUCGACCCCAUCAACGCCCUGCAGGCCGCCAUGGAGGGGUACGAGGUCACCACUAUGGACGAGGCUUGUAAAGAAGGAAACAUCUUUGUAACCACCACCGGCUGUGAAGACAUCAUCCUGGGACAUCACUUCGAGCACAUGAAAGACGACGCCAUCGUCUGUAACAUCGGACACUUUGACUGUGAGAUCGACAUGAGCUGGCUGAACAAAAACGCUGCUGAGAAGAUCAACGUUAAACCUCAGGUCGAUCGUUAUCGCAUGAAGAAUGGCCGACACAUCAUCGUCCUGGCAGAAGGCAGACUGGUGAACCUCGGCUGUGCCAUGGGACACCCAUCAUUCGUCAUGAGCAACUCCUUCACCAAUCAGGUGCUGGCUCAGAUCGAGUUGUGGACAAACACGGCAAAAUACCCCCUGGGAGUCUACUUCCUGCCCAAGAAGCUGGAUGAGCAGGUGGCAGCCGCCCAUUUGGACAAACUAGGAGUGAAACUCACCAAGCUAACGGACAAACAGGCCAAGUACCUGGGCCUGCCCGCUGAGGGGCCCUUCAAACCGGACCACUAUCGCUACUGAGCACCGCGCCUGCCUUAAAGAGGAGGAGGAGGAAGGGUGGAGUUUAGAGGUGUUUUGUUAAGACUCCACGUCUCGGUGAUUCAGGAACAAGGAGAGACUGUGUUUUUUUCUUUAAUUGCCUUUUAUACCAAAUGAGAGCAUUUUAGUUGCGCUCGUGUCAAACGGAGUCACCAGUGAUUGGAAUCGUUUUUUUCUGAAAUCAGAACUCCUCAGACCAACAUUCAUGGCAGUCUCUUCUUCGUUCCAAACCUCUAAAACAUCACUAGGUGCUGCCGUGGACGAUUCCUCCCUGCUUUUAUGUCAUUCCCUAAAUUGAUGCCUGAUACUAAGAUAAAAAUAAAUGGUUUUCUGUUGUUUUUUUGGUAAAUCGCAGCAACAUGUUUUUAUGUACAAUGGCUUUUUCUAAUGUGUUCACAUUACGCUUGUGUCUGUUAGCACUUAGAAACCAGUUCAAACUGGACUUGGGGUGUGUAAGAUUACAGCUGUGAUGCAGCCAAGAGACGUGUUGCUGCCAAACAAAUCAUCAAAAUGUGUCGCUGCUUGAUUUCUAAGUCUUAUUCUUUGUUUUCUAAUCUGUUGUCAUUUUGAUUACUCAUUUGACUCUAGGGUUCAAAAUUUCUGCAUCAGUUGCAAUUCUUAAGGUUUCUGCAUCAGUCAGGUUUUUCUAGUCCUUGCAGCUCAUUCAGGUCCACGUGGUCGUCAACGGUUACAGCUUCCAGUAGAGUCCAGCUGCUCGCACGCGAUGGAUUAUUGUUGAAAACAGAUGAUGUAGAGAAUUAAAGAGUUACACAUUU